AGAUCGUCUUUAAUCACAGUCCUCCCAAGAGACCGACUCGAGUGGUUUUGUCUGUGAUAGUUCAACUGUUUUGAAAUUCAAACAUGAAGCUCCUCAUCAUCACGCUCGCCCUGGCCGCGGCCUGCGUGGCCCAGAAGCGGUACACCAACAAGUACGACAACAUGGACCUGGACGAGGUGCUGGCCAACCGCCGCCUGCUGGUGUCCUACAUCAAGUGCGUGCUGGACCAGGGACGGUGCACGGCUGAGGGGAAGGAGCUUAAGACACACAUCAGCGACGCUCUCCAGACAGGCUGCAAGAAGUGCACCCCUAACCAGCGAGAGGGCGCUCGCAGAGUCAUCUCACACAUGAUCAAGGAGGAACCAGAGUACUGGACCAUGCUGGUGGAGAAGUACGACCCUGAGAGGAUGUAUUCCACUAAGUACGAGAAGGAGAUCAAUAGUAUCCAGUAAAUACGGUUAUAACUAGAUAAAUAUAUUAGGUGUAUGCUGCGCGGGAAUGCAUUUGGUUUAAGCGCCAUCUGUUGGUGGAAUUUGGAAGUGAUUUCUAUCGCCGGUUGGCCUUAGAAAUCUAUAUUAUUAUGUUUUUCCUAUUAGAUGAAUUCAUCCAGUUUUUGGUCAAAGUUAUUUUAUUCGAAG